AUGGGCAAACUUAUUCGGCUGGAGCUUUUCAACUUCAAAUCUUACAAGGGCCAUCAUACCCUCUUGUUCGGAGAUGCUUACUUCACGUCAAUCAUUGGCCCUAAUGGGUCUGGCAAAUCGAAUUCAAUGGAUGCCAUCUCGUUCGUUCUAGGAAUCAAGUCCUCUCAUCUGCGAUCUACAAAUCUUCGCGAUCUCGUCUACCGUGGCCGCGUCUUGCGCACUUCGAAGGUCGAUGUCAAUGGGGAGCCCAUUACCAACGGGGAGGAUGGUCAAGAGGUGGAUGACGAGGAUAUGGAUGCUUCGCAAGAUGCAGGCGGCAAGAACGACCCCAGAUCCGCCUGGGUUAUGGCAGUUUACGAGGAUGACGCCGGCGAGGAGCAGCAAUGGCGCCGAUCCAUUACCAGUCAAGGUGUCAGCGAGUACCGCAUCAACAACCGAAUUGUGACUGCGCAACAAUACAAUGAGGCUUUGGAGGCGGAAAACAUUUUGAUCCGAGCGCGCAACUUCCUGGUGUUCCAGGGAGAUGUCGAGGCAAUUGCCUCGCAGUCUCCCAAAGACCUCACUCGGUUGAUUGAACAGAUUUCGGGCAGCUUGGACCACAAGGCCGAUUAUGAGAAAUUGAAGGCAGAGGCAGAGGAGGCCGCCGAACAGCAGACCGUUCAACUCAACCGUCGCCGAGGUAUCAACUCUGAGGUCAAACAAUACCAGGAACAGAAGCGGGAGGCCGAGAACUUCGCUAAGAAGGCCGAGGAACGUGACCAAGCUAUCAUCACCCACAUUCUGUGGAAGCUUUUCCAUUUCCAGCGCCUGAUCGAUGCAUCCAGUGCCGACAUUCAGAAAUACCAGGACGAGCUCAAGGAAUACCGCCGAGGCGUUGAGAAGUACGAAAACAACGUCGAGGAUGCCAAGAAGGAGCACGCCCGUGUAGGUAGGGAUGUUGGAAAAGCCGAGAAGAAUAUUUUGAGAAAGGAGAAGGAUAUUGAGGAGCUCAACAACUCGCUGGUACCCAUCGACGAGAAAAUCGAUAUCACGCAAAGAAAGGUUGAGCGAUAUGGGUCUAAGAUCGCUGAAAUCGGAAAGGAGCGUUCCGCCCAGUCUGAUAACGCCAAGCAGCUCGAAAAGAACCUGAAGCUUGUCGAGAAAGCCCAGGGUCAAUGGGAAACCGAAUGGAAGAAUACUACGAGCAAACAGGGUGGACAGUUGAGCGAAGCUGAUCAGCAGGAGUACCACAAGCUUCGUGAGGAGGUUAGCAAGCGAUCAUCUGCUGAUCAGCUGACUCUUGACAACCUGCGACGACAGCGCAAAACGGAAGCCGAGGCCGUAAACAGCUUGAAGGGCAAAUUCGAGUCCACUGAAUGGCAGUUGAAGAACCUCGAAUCCGAUGCGCAAAACAUGAAUGAGCGCAAGUUUACUCUCAAGGACACCAUCAAGACAACUUCCAAGGAUAUCGAUCGAAAGAAGAAGGAGCUGAAUGCUUUGACAUCAGAACGUCUCAAGGUUUCGCAGAUGCGAACUGAGUGGGAGGAGAAGCUUCAGGUCGUCUUGCGGAAGUUGCUGGAAGCCGACGAUGGAAAGAAGCAAACCGAGAGAGACAUCCGGGCUAAGGAGUUGAUUUCAACUCUGAAGCGCAUUUUCCCUGGUGUCAAGGGCCGUGUCAGCGACCUCUGCCGACCAAAGCAGAGAAAGUACGCUGAUGCAGUCAGCACUGUGUUAGGGCGUCACUUCGACGCCAUUGUGGUUGACAACGAAAAGACCGCCAAGGAAUGUAUUCAGCAUCUUCGUGACCAGCGCGCCGGUCAGGCCACUUUUAUCCCGCUUGAGACAAUCCAGGUCAAGGCCUUCAACUCCAACCUGAAGGGCAUGCACCGCGGAAUGCGCCCUGCUAUCGAGACCGUCGACUACGACGACUCUGUCGCACGUGCUAUCAGCUACGCUUGCGGAAACUCCAUCGUUUGUGACGAUCUGGCGACGGCCAAGUAUCUGUGCUAUGAGCGAAAUGUCGACGCGAAGGCAGUCACCCUGGAUGGUACUGUGAUUCACAAGGGCGGUCUCAUGACCGGUGGUCGAGGCCCCCAGCAAAACAACUCCAAGCGUUGGGAAGACUCCGAGGUAGAGAACCUUCACAAGCUCAAGGAUAAGCUCAUGAGCGACCUUUCCAACCUCCCCAAGGCCCACCGCCGUGGUUCUGAAGAAGAGACUCUUCAGGGCGAGCUCGUUGGUCUCGAACAACGGUUGAACUAUGCCCGUGAUGAGCUCAAGGCUCUCGAAAGGAACAUCGAGAGCAAGGGCAGUGAACUGGACUUUGUCAAGCGCCAGAUGGAGGAUCUACGACCCAAGUAUACUGAGAGAAAGGAGACUCUCGACGAGAUGGAUGAAACCAUCGAAGCCUCCCAAGCCUCAGUUAGCACGGUCGAAGAUGAGGUUUACCGCAAGUUUUGCAAGCGCCUCGGCUAUGACAACAUUCGCGAGUAUGAAGCACAGCAGGGCUCCCUGCAGGAGGAGGCUGCACAGAAGAAGCUCGAGUUCACAACGCAAAAGAGUCGCAUUGAAAAUCAGCUCAGUUUUGAGAAGCAGCGUAUUCAGGCAACAGAUGACCGCAUCAGCGGCCUCAAGGCUCAAUACGAGCGCGACAUGAGCCUGAUCGAGGAGCUCAAGGGUCAGCAGGAGGAAAUCCGCAAUAGGCUAGAUGAGUUCAGUGCCGAACUUGACCUCUUACGUGAGAACCUCGAGAAGCAGAAGGAAAUCUAUGCGCAAUCAGCCGAGAAACUGGCCGACCAGCGAAGAGAGCUCCAGAAGCGCAGCAAGCACGUCGAGAAUGCUCUCAAGAACAUCAACGGGCUUGAAGCCGACAUUCAGCGGAAUUCAUCUAGUCGAUACGCCCUUCUGCGGCGAUGCAAGCUUGAAGAUAUUGACGUCCCAUUGGCAGCUGACUCCAACUCCCUCGACAAGCUUCCUAUCGACGACCUGGUGCAAGCCGCUGAUCCGGACGCCAUGGAUGUCGACGAGACGGACGGCCUGGAUGAGCAAGGACCUGUCGUGCAGGACUAUGGUAUCGAGAUCGACUUCGAAUCCCUCGGAGAUUCCCUAAAGGAGUCUGCCGAAGAAAAGCUCGAAGAGGAGCUGCUCGAGAAGGUUCGUUCUCUCAACAGUGAGCUUGACAAGAUGGCACCAAACGCCCGAGCCAUGGAACGCCUGGAGACCGUCGAGAACAAGCUUCGCAGUACCGAGAAGGACUUUGAAGACGCUCGCCGGCAGGCUCGGAGGGCCAGGGAAGAGUUCGAGGGAGUGAUGAAGAAGCGCUCCGAUCUCUUCAACAAGGCCUUUACGCAUAUUUCUGAGCAAAUUGGCCCAAUCUACCGUGAGCUGACGCGUAGCGCCAAUUACCCACUCGGCGGACAAGCAUACCUGGAUAUUGAGGAUUCGGAUGAGCCUUACCUGGAUGGUAUCAAGUACCACGCCAUGCCUCCUCUGAAGCGAUUCCGUGAUAUGGAGCAUCUGUCUGGUGGUGAAAAGACCAUGGCAGCGCUUGCGUUGCUAUUUGCCAUUCACUCGUACCAGCCAUCGCCCUUCUUCGUGCUCGACGAGGUCGAUGCUGCUCUCGACAACACGAACGUGGCCCGCAUCGCUAACUACAUUCACGACCACGCUGCUCCUGGCAUGCAGUUUAUUGUCAUCAGUUUGAAGACUGGACUCUUCCAGAACAGUGAGGCUCUUGUCGGUAUCUACCGUGACCAGGUGGAAAACAGCAGCAAGUCUCUGACUCUCGACCUCCGCAAGUACACCUGA